AUGCGGCUCGAUCCGCCCGAAUUCACGGGACCACCAUCCACGUCGUACGAUUGGAACAACGGCAACGACCGCUGCUACUCGUCCUCGGGCUUGCCUCUUCAUUUUCUUCCGCGCCGAUCUACCACCGCGGGAGUCUCUUUCUUUCGUUUCCGACUCUCGGUCCCGUUCGUUCGUGGUUCCGAGAUUUUCCAACGGCAACGACAAUUCACCGCAGUUAUCGCGUACGGUGUCCAUCAUCGUCGAUUCUUGUCGUCGGUUCGACGUUGCUGCUCGAUCGAGCACGGGAACGGAUCCGAAACCAGAAACGCCACUGCCUUUCGUGUCUCUUACGACUCGGUUUACCGCAGCGAAGUGCGCCCGCGCAUUCGCACGCUCACCAAUAUUUUGCAGAAAAAAAGCGGUGAUUGUCGCGUACAGCGAGGGAACGAUCGGUUCGAGUUCGAAAGCGAGGAAAAGAAAAACGUCGAUGACGAUGCCGGCAACGGUUAUGACGACGACGACGACGACGACGACGACAACGACGACGACAACGCCGACACCACCGAAAACAAAGACGACGACUACGACAACGACAACGAUGACGACGACGACGACGACAAUGACGACAACGACGACAACGACGACAACGACGACAACGACGACGACGACGACGACGAAGACGAAGACGAAGACGAAGACGAAGACGAAGACGACGAAGACGAAGACGACGAAGACGAAGACGAUGACGACGACAACGAUGUCAUCGACUACGUGUGUUACGUCAAUGACCUUAUUUUAUCGACGUGCCAAGCAUCGAGGUCACGGUCUUGUUAUACCGGAAGCAGGAAACCGAGAACGAGAUGGAAGAAAGACGACGAUCGGGAUCGCGCGAUCACCGAGCAAUCCGUCAAUUUCUCUGGAAUUCGUAUCGCGAAUGUUACGAACGUUCCUUCGGUCGAUGUAUUUCCUUACACUGCCUACAAUGACGAGAACGAUGAUAUCGGAAGCCACCGUGAUAUCGGGGAGUCGUCGCGUGUCGUCGCGUCGUCCCGCGAGAUCGGGAACGUUCGUGUUGGACAGGAAGAGUAUCGAGAAGAGACGAAAUUUUGUCGAGACGUUGGCAACCACGGGGACAAACUGCAAGUGAGGAAAGUGGUGGACGGUGGUAUUUGCGACGACGGAGAACGUUUUCGUAAAUUUCGAAGCCGUCGUAAGCGAAAUGCCGAUUCGGGACGUGGUACGCGCGGAAAGGUUUGCGUCGCGAACGGAAACAGCGGGAGACGCGAGAGCCACUACACUGCCCGGUUCCAGAAGCCGAUCAUCCCCAACGGAAGCAGCGAAAACGAAACGAAACUCUCGAGGAACGGACCAACGACGACGAAGGUAACCAACAACUGGCGCGGCCGAAAGUACGGAUUGCUGUUCAUCUUGUAUUUAUUGGCUUGGCCACUGGUGUGUUCGACGAAUCUCUCCGGACAGUUUAUCUCCGGUUUUACCCGUAAUCCAUCCCUCGGCCCAGUCGAAAACCUUCCGCGGCACAAUGCCACGCAAAUUUCCUCCUUGUUGUUGUCGUCGGGCGUCGCGCAUCAACGUCAACAACAUCAGCAGCGUCAACAACAUCAGCAACAUCAGCAGCAACAGCAGCAGCAGCAGCAGCAACAGCAACAGCAACAACAACAGAAGCAACGCUAUCGACAACUGGAGGAAGAACACGGUGUGCGAGAGCAAUUGGUCCGGGACGCCGAGUACGGCAGUAACGGACAUCACCGUCGCCGUCACGAAGAACAACAACAACAACAACAACAACAACUAAAACAGCAGGAAGACCAAGGUCGCGAGCAACGAGAGGUGGAAGAAUCGUCGUAUCGAGAUCACGGCGAAGCCGGUUUCGAAUCCGAAUCGACACAUCCUUACAACGAAUAUAGCUGGGAGAUGAACCAAAUAAAUCCUUGGUUAUCGGCCUGCGAUCUGGCGGGCCCAGCGCCGGCCGAUCUUCAGGGUAGCUGCGGUCCACCGGAAGUACCGAAAUAUUGUCCGGUCGCCUGUGUGGCAAGCUCGAAGGGAAACGACGGUAAUGGAAACGAUGCCGAAUUCGUCGAGGUGAUCGAGAAGGUCAGGGUCACCGGAAGGAAUUGUUAUUGGUCGACCGGUGGAAAGAAGGAGGCAACGACGGAGACAGCAGUGGCGGAAUCGGAACGGUUCGACUCGAGUUCGAUAAAGUCGUCCGGGACGGACGGCGGUGAGGUGACGAGUGACAAAAAGGGAAGGACCGACCGAGAGAAAGCCGAGGGCGUACGGAUGGAUCCGGAACAGUGCCUUUUUUAUCUCGAGGAGUCACAUAAGAGGGACAUCUGUCGGGAUGAUUUUGGCCGGACCAGUACGCGAAGUUUUUUAACCCCGAGGGAGAAUCGAUAUUGGUUCAUGAGCGGGUUGCGUCUGCGGCACUGCUGCGACCACGCGGUGGUCAACGCCCUGGCACCUGGCAAGGGUGGUCCGCUCGAGAAUGUGCUAAACGGUGGCCAGAAGUGCGUCGAUGCCCUGGACAAGCUGUUGCACGCCGAUGUGUUAGCCGCAAGAUUGCAUUGUGAGUUCGAGGAAGUGCUCGCGCGAUACGACUGUGCACAGCCCUAUUCGGUCAUCUUCAACUGCACCCACUGCAAGGAAGCGUAUAGGAAAUGGGUGUGCAGCUCCCUGGUGCCUUACUUUGCUCAUGGGGAACCACAGGACUUGAAUGGCUCCAACGACUGGGCCGGAAGCAGACUUAGGCCCUGUCGGUCCUUUUGCCAAUCCGUGGAGCAACGUUGUCCCUACUUACUUCCGGGUGAUCGUGCUCCGGCGUAUCCCACGCAAUACGCCGGCGAACCCACUUUUCUUUGCAGAGAUCCGAAUAUCCCCGAGACCGGAGAGCAAGCCGCGAGGGCAUUGCACAGCAGCGAAGAGAACGAGUGCUGCUUUCAUGCGUGUUCCGAGGAGUUACCAGGAUCGGGUAUUUGCGCGAAUUGCACGAACAAGGAACCACGGAGACGCGGGAACAACCACGAUCCUCCAACGGCACCCCGUUGCGAGAUUAAUCCCAUUCAACCGGCUUCCACAGGUGGAGGAUACGAAGAAUCGGGAUUCACGGACAGCAGCCUGGAGCGCGAACAGAGACACGACUCGUCCACUUACUCCGCAGCUGCGUCGAUUUCGAGUACGGGGCGGCAACAGGGAACGUUGGUGUGCGGAACCGGCGAUGGUGUCGACUCGAUCGCCAGCGUUUCCUCCUCCGAUCGAUCGGCAGCCUCGAUCCUUCCGCAACUCAUCUGGCUAUGCUCCGUUUUAACCAGCAUCCUUAGCAACGUUCGAACGAUUCCCGUCCUCUGGAUCGCCAAGAUCCUUCUGUGGCCGAUCGUGCCGCUCGAUGGCAACGAGGGUAGCGACGAUCGCGAUCACCGUGGUGAUCGUUGCGCUAGCGAAUCAAAGUCGAAGAAAACGAGCGGCCUGAUAGAUAUCGUCGUCUGGUUGCGCCGUUGCUUUCGCGGCAACUACGUCGGCGCGCGUUACGAUGCGAACCGGUUGUUGGAAAAGUGGCUGGUGAUCGAACGUCGAUGCCGAAGCUGGUGGUGUCGCUGUUGGUACUGGUGGUGGUGGAGAUGGCGAAAAAUAUCAUCGGCGAACGCUCGUGUCCGAUGGAAAUUUCGACCUCGACGGCCGCGUGGGAAAAGUCGUUUCGGUCGAUUCGUCGACACGCGUCAUCCUUCGACUAUCGGUGCUACGCUAACUCGUAUCGUUGCAACCGCCGCCACCACCGCCACAACCAUCGCCACAGCCAUCGCCACUACCAUCAUCGUCACCUUUUCAACCACCGUCGUCACCACUAUCCCCACCACCACCACCACCACCACCGUCGUGAAAAACGAAUCCUUUUUCCAUUUACGAAAGACGUAUCGUGAUUCGUUGUACGAGCGUUGGAUCCAGUGUUUCCUCGUCGAUUCGUUCACGGUAAAGUGCCUAUGGCGACGAUGGUGCUGGCGGUGGUGGUGGUUGCACCGAUGGUGGCGAUCACGAGAAACGCAUUACGGCGGAUUUGUCGGAAUGGCAAUAUCGCUCGACAGAAAGCAUCGUUUUCGUGGUUUCCGGCGUGAUCGAGACGAAGCGGCCAAUCGAAAAAGCAAAGCAAGAAGAAGGGGAAUAAGAAGGAGAAGGAGGAGAAAGAGGAGAAGACGGAGCAGAGAGGCUUUAUUAGUUUCCGAACAGUGGACUCGAUCCCUUUCGCCUGGAAAGCGACAUUUGAAAUUAUUCUCGAGGAAAAAGGACCCACCAUAGAGCAGUUCGUUUACGCAAAAGCGUGAAACACAGGUUUUUUCUAUCGGUAUAUCCAGAGCUCUGUCGAGAAGUACCAAAUUGGCCGUACCUUUCUCGAUUUUUAACUCUCGAGAGAUCCAACGUCUUCGAGCGAAGCACGCAUCGCGCAACCACUGGAAUCCGAGAGACAGCGUACAAGCAAGUGUGGCAGACGAGCGUUAGGAAGCGGAGAGAAGAAAACGCGAAACGUUCAAAGUACGUACGUACGGAGAUGAAAAAUACAUGGAACAGAGUGUGAGAAGGAUCGGGAGGAAAACUGGUGCGACGUAAUUUUCCGAAAAUGUGUACACAUGGAAGAAUAGGGGAAAGGAGAAAUGGGGAGAAAUCCGGGUAUCGAAGAGCCAACAAACACGUCGACGUCUAUAGUUCGGACGUGAGGACAAAAGGACGUGAAACAAAACGAUGAAAUCGUAACGUCUGUCGCUAAUAAUAAUAAUAAUAAUAAUAAUAAUAAUAAUAAUAAUAUUAAUAAUAAUAAUAAUAAUCAUAAGAAUAAUAAUAAUAGUAAUAAUAGUAAUAAUAAUAAUAAUAAUAAUAAUAAUAAUAGUAAUAACAAUAAUAAUAAAAACAACAAGAACAACAAUACACAACAAUAAUUAAUUAAUUAAAAUAUUAACGAGGAUAUCGACGACAAUGACAGAGACGAUGACUGCGACGGUAUUGCAACGACGACUAUGACGCCGACGUUUCGACGAUAACGAUGGAGACGGCGCCGACGAUGACGACGACGACGACGACAACGACGACGACGACGACGAGGACGAGGACGAGGACGACGACAACGACGACGACGACGAUGAUGAAAACGAUGAUACGCAAACGAUAACGAUAAUGAUAACGAUAAAAUGGUGACAAAGGACAAUGAAUAAAUAAUAGUUUACGGAUAAUAAAGUAAAUGAUAACGAUUAAAUAACGAGAUAAGGAUAAAAGGUGGGGAUAAUACAAUGGAGUAACGUUAACGUUAACGAUAGAAUGAUUACGAUUACAGUUAUUGUUACACGUUCGAUGCGUCGUAUGCAUUCGAAUUUAACGAAAAGAACACGCACAUAUACAUUGAACACACGGAACCAGCACGUACACACAGAUGAUUCGUUAUUUCGCGAGGAGAUAAAAAGCAAGAAAGAGCGAGCGUAGAGGGGAAGAAGUAGGGGAGAAGGGGAAGAAGAAGUAAUAUAACGAAGCGAGAACAGCGUACGAAAGAGGAAGAGCGAAUACGAGAGAGCGUGAAAAAACGGUGAAAGUCUCGGGAACGCUAGAGGCGAGAAGAUGCAGGCACACGUUCUCGUAUAAGCCGUUAACGAUUAACGAGACAUUUAAAAAAACACAAAAAAAAGACGUAGGUAGAUAGUACUUCGGUCGUGAGACAGAAAAUUGGAGAGCAUGUACGAAACGCGCGAAUCAAGAUUCGAGCAACUCGACUGCCGAAUCGAUACGAGAAGAGAAUUAUACGACGGUAGAACCGGCAACGGUUAGCACACGGAGAUAAAUAAACACGAUGUUAUCGAGGUAUAAAUAUGUGUUCGUUUAGACAUUACGAUAAAUAAGUAUUUCAUUAAUAUAGACGUGUAACGAUAUAAAUUAAAAGAGAGAAAAGAGAGAGGGGAAGGGCGCGAGUGUAUAUGCGUACGAUUGUGAGUUGGAGAGAGGAAGAGAGAGAAGAGGUGCGAGAUGAGGGGAGAAGCAAAACGAUAGAGUAAACGAAAAGUAGAAAAUAAGAAGAAAAAAAAAUUGCAAGAGAAGCUAGAGAACAUACGUUGACUAGAAAAAGAAAAAAAAAAUAAAACGUAGAAAACUGAUGAAUUUUUUAUAGAGGAAUAUUCUAAAGAGAUAUUAUGAAAAUAGUGGUAUAAAGGAAAAAAAAUUUUGUUUUUCACGUUCUUUCCUGCACAGUGUACGUGGCUUCGAAUUUUUCUUUUUCUUUUUUUUUUUUCGAAAACGUUGAACGUCACACACAGGAUAUUAACGCGUUACGAAAUAGCACGUGCGUAGAAGAAAAGUCUACGAAAUCGAUCAUUUAAAGGAGAAUUAAACGACAUCUACCCGAAAAAUAAUUACUUUUUUCAUUGUCCUUGGACUUUUAGCGGUAGAUGGAGACACGAGAAUAAGAUUAUUCACGCGCUAGCGUUACCAUCUUCUUCGAAUCACGAAACUCGCUUGCACAUACCGCGAAACACCAUGACAGAAUUUCAGAGGGGUCGCGUUUCGUUUCAGCGUGUGGAUCGUUUAAAACAGGUGAAAUCGACAAAGUAUAUUUGGAAAGACGAAGGGUCGUUCGUCUAGCGGACGAUUUCACGCUGAAAUGUAAACAUCUGAACGCGCGUUGAAAACGUGGGAUCUCGAAGACGCGAGGGUGAUCGAACGAAGCCACGAGAGCCACUAUGCGGAGAAAGAAAGCAAGAGCGAGACAAACACGGAGCGAAGAGAAGAAUCGUCGUCAUCGUUGUGUCGUAAAAUUGCAAGAGGUCGUGCACAAGAAAAGCAUGUCUUAUACACGUACUUACACGCGUAAUAGAGGUACACGCAUAUACAUACGUGCAGCGUACACGGAAAUAAGAAAUGCAUGCGCGGAGAUAAGAAGUACAGACACUGUGUCCCGCGUGUGCAUUCAUUACGUUGUUAAACAUUGUCCAAUACAUAAUUGUUACUAACGUACAUUUAUAAGAUGAACGAAGAGAGUAGCGAAACAGAGAGAGAAAGAGAGAGAGAGAGAGAGAGGGAGAGCCUGUGUACGAGUGUUACAAGGAGAGACAGAGUGCGAAAGACAGUGCGAAUGAGAAGAGGGACGAAGAAACGAGUGAAAGUGUGAGAGGAAGGAAACGACUGCAAGCCGAAAUUAACAAAGGUAUGGCCAAUGCACGGGAAAAAAGACAUAUAAAUAUUAUAAAUAUAUAAAUAGGUAUUACGCGAAAGAAUUGCCAAUGGGGGAGAGAGAGAGAAAGAGAGAGUGAGUGAGAGUGUGUGUGAGAGAGAGAGAAAGAACAGAGAAAAUAAAACCAUGUAGAUGAAACGGUCUUAAAAAACACGAUUGCUCGACUAUAUGUAAAUAUAUGUAUUUACAUGUAUAUGUAUAUAUGUAAAGUUUACGUGUAUACAUAUGUAUGUACGUUGUGUGGGUGUGUAAACGCACAUGUGAACGUCCAUGUAUGCGCACACAUGUAAACAUAUAUACACCUGUUCGUGUAUGUAUGGGAACUAGCGAGAGACAAAGAAAAAUACUAGCGGUGCGACGUAUGCGUGUGCCGAGAGCGAAAAAUAACUAGUGAGAGUCUGGCUAUCCGCGACUGCUUUCCGUGCAAUUUUUGCGGUUGAACGAAACAGUGGAAAAGAAAAAGAAAAAAAGAAAUGAUAUGUAUAACGGAGUAUGCGAAAAGGGAAGCGUAUGGCCCAUAACGAUCGAACAUCGACGAAACGACGGUCAACGGAGAGGGGAAGGCUGCUAGACGCGGUGUAGACUUUAAGGCGAUUAAUUUCCGGUGAGGAGCGAGAGGAUGAAACGCACAAUACGCAGACGCAAUUACACGAGUUACAGUUUUUCGCUUAAACGACAGACGAGUCCGUCAAACGGUAACCGGAGCAAUAACUUGAAACGCGUUGAAAUGGCAAUUCUGUCGAAUACGAUCGCCGUGACGUUGUGCCUGAGCGAAAGACGGGAAUAAGAAAAAAGAAAAAAGAAAAAGAAAGAAAGGAAAAAGAAAAGAAGGGAAACAACAAGGUGAAAGAAAGUUCGUCCGUGUUGGAUGGUUAAGAGACAUGGGUGUACGCGCAGCCGUCUCCGUGCGUACACACUCCGUACGUACGAACGAUGACGAGUGGAGAAGAAAAAUUGAAACGGCCGAGAGGAACGCAAAGCGAUAGCCAGCGCCAUAAGUGAUCUAUUCUUUCUUCCUAGGCUGCCGCCAUCUAACCCAAAUUAGUUUCGACGAAGAGACAUUGGUCGUAAGAAUGGUGUUCAGCCUGACACGAACCACGAACCAUUGAAUCGUAAACGCGCGUGACUCGUCGGUGACGGGUGCGCGAGGUACGCGCAAUUACGCUCUAUCGAUUCGUAAAUACACGCGCACCUACGCGUACGCGCUUCAACGUAAACAUAACCAAAACGGAUAAAUCGAUUUUAAAGGAAGACGCAGGUAUUACGUUAACGCGUUAAUCGUCAGACUGGCUGACUUUUAAUUCGCGCACGAUCUAUCUUACUUGGAAAGCGACGAUCUCUGAAACAGACUAAUUUAACGUAGGGUUUUAACGAUAAACGUUUCAGGAAUUUGCCGGAACCACGAUUAACGCGUUAAAAUUUAUCCAACUCUCGUAGAUCUACUCUCGCGAGCUUCGCUCUUUUCGUUAUUUCAUCUCUUCUCUUUCUAUCGGUUCGACUCGUCUCAAUUUUCUUGUCGAUCAUGCCUCGUCGAUCGACUUCCGGUCGAUAUUACUUCUCUCUAUCAACCGCGUUUCGCAUCUUCGAGAAACGAUAAACCAUAAAUCGGUACCAACGCCGAAAUGUUUGCUCGCCAAUUUUAUCGUUCUCGUAGAUCGCGUCUUGCUCGUUCGUUCGUUCGUUCGUUCGUUCGUUCGUUUAGAAAAUGAUAAGCAAUGUUCUUGGACCAUUAACGAAGGGAAAAAUCGACGGAGUAAUAAGAAUAUUUUCGCAUCGUUGAUUCCGAUAUAAUUUUUUUAUAGAUUAUACUAAGAAGCAGCGAAAGCAAGUGCGUGGCGAUAGGAAGAAUGGGUAAGGAAGCAUCUCGUGCCAAGUACACGAAAUCCUUUCCUAACAGCGUAUAUCCGCGUUCACUGACCAAAGCUCAGCUGCGUUUCGAACGUUCUUUCGAUGUUCUCGUUUCUAAAGAGUCUUUAGAGACGCGGUCGCAUUUACGUUCCGAUCGAUCCGAAACUCCGCUCGAAUCCGAGGAGCUCUCUGCGGUGCUUCCUCUUUUGUCCAUCUCCUCCCUCUUUUUUUCCGCUAUUCGCUCUCGAAAAGAAGCAAUCGAUGAACGGCGAUUCUGUCUCUUGUUUGGAAUUCUCAAUCGCGAAUCGAUAACAACCGUCACGCCCAUUCGCGAUAUCGCGGUGCUAAUGCGCCUAACGCGCUUUCUUACGAGAAACUACUCGUUUUUCGAAACCCGUGAACCUUUGUUGUCGAGAUCGUAGACGCGGAUUUCUCGACGAAUCCGUCAUCUUUUGUUUCAAGGGGAAAUUCGUUUCUCGCGAACGUCAUGCGGACGCUGCACGCGAAUAUUGUUUUCACCUACAAAGGGAAAAUAAUAAGGUGCGAAUGGGUGGAAGCACGAUAAUAUCGUUACAGAGGUAAAAGGCCUGUGCUUCGAGCUAGAUCGUUCCUUUGAUCUUCCACAUUUUUACCACUGUUACUGAAAAUUCAUUCCGACCUUUUUCACUCCCGUCUUAUCAUUCUCCUCUUUCCUUCUUCUUUCACCUUCUUUUCGUUUUGUCCGCGUCACCUCGCGAGAUCGACGACGAGACGAGAAAACGACCGUGGUCCCAGGAAUCCGUACCCAUCUGACUGCAGCAAGUUGUUCGUAAAAGAAUUCAGAAAUUUCCCUAUUCCCGUGCGAUCCUCGUAACAAAUUCAUUGAAAAUUUUCUUUGUCCUCUUCCAACUGUUUCUUAUCGUAUCCUAUCGUUCGUCUUCUCCUUCGUUUCUCUCUGUCUGUCUAUCUAUCGUCUGUCUUAGUAAAAAGAAAAAGAGCAUAUCGCACGACAAGACCAAAGAUCAAAAAACGAGCAAAGGACAGUCGGAAAAUCGCACAAUGCUGACCCAUGGUAUCAGGAUCAAGGUAAAAACACUCGUUCGAUCGUUCGAUCGUCGAUGAGAGACAUUUAGCUAAUACCGCAAAUUCGCUAGUUUUACAAAAAUGUUUCGAUCAUUCGCAGCGUUGCUUCUCUUCUUUUUCUUCUUCUUCUUCUUCUUCUUCUUCUUCAGCUUUGCACGCUGUUAACGCUUUAAAUUAAAGAAAUCGAGAAUAACGCGACGUGAAAGGGCAGGUGUACGGUGACGCUUCGCGUGUAUCCGAAUCGUAGAACACGAAGAAAAAGAAAAAGGAGAUGGACAACAGCUGGCUAUCAGCCGUCGAGAGAGAAGUUUUGGGUGAGGACUAGUUUGAGCCGUGCUCGAGUUUCAACGAGGAGGCUAACCAUGGACACGAUGAUAAGAUGAAAAAAGGUGAGAGAGAGAGAGAGGGGGGGGAAGAGAGGGAGAGAGAGAGACUGAGAGUACUGCCAUAUAAAAUUAGCGAGAGAAAAAGUUGAAGCAAGAGAGUGUCGAAGAAAUAGGGUUGGAACGGUGAAGGGAUAGAACACGUGGGUGUGUGUACGUGUGCGUGUACGUGCAUACAAUGUGUGCGUGACAGAGGGAGAGAGGCAAGAGGUGCGGACUACGUAUUGAUUUCGCAAGUCUCCCAACAUAGAGCGUUUGCAUAAAACAGGCCAGCAGCCUGUCGACGUCGACGUCGACGUUUACGUAGUCACAGUCGUGGUGGUUUCGUAACCGGGAACGUUUGCCCGUUUCUUCUUUUUUUCCUUUUUCUUUUUCUUUCUCUUUCUUCGAUUAUCGUUUCUCUUGUUAUCGUAACUUAUACCUACGGCCGCCUAUGAAACGAAGUUUAACCGAGACGACCCACCGGUACGAAAGUACGACGACGAAUUAAACUACCGAUUUGUUCGUAAAACAUCUCGUUGCGCAACUUCCGAUCUAGUCGACGUAAAUUUCACGACCGAAACAAGCACAUCGGAAGCGUUUUUUCCUUUUUUUUUUCUUUUUUGUUCCAGAACAAAUCUGAACGAAUUCCUUCUCGUAUCGUCGAGAAUCUUCCAAUGAUUUUUUGGUAAUUUUGUCAUUUGCUGCUUCCCCCCCUCCCCCAGUCGCCCCCCUCCACUACCGUCUCUCUCUUGCUCGCUCGUUUGCCCACUCAACUGCUUUAUUCGCACGAAAUAAGUUUGAAAUGUAAGCGAUUCACAAUCCACGUUCUUUGCGGAUAAAUCCCCCACGCCCUCCCCCUCCAAAAAAAAAUCCGGCCUCAGGUUUCGAUCGUUUAGCCUGGCAUUUCUUUGAAAAGAACUCGAUCGUUUGCGCGACCUUCGAUCGACCGGAAGUCUGUCACAAUUUAUUGCGAAACGAACGAAUUAUAUAAAAAAUCAAGUACGAGCAUAUACAAGUAUGAAUGCGUGCAUGCAAGAGCGAACGAAAAAUAUGAGAGAGAGAGAGAGAGAGAGAGAGAGAGAGGGAGAGAGAGAAAGUUAAAAGAGCCACUGCCUUAGCGACAGCAGGAUUUGUGCUAGAAACAAGGCCUUAGAAAGUAACAAACCAGAAACAUAAUUAGAAUUAAGUAAGUCUGUUGUUGUUAACCAAAAAAAAAAGAAAAAGAUAACGGUACUUAGAGAAAUCAGGAGGACAAAAAUGUUGAACGUAUUGUAAAACUAAUUAGCAGUUGUAUUUAAGCGCGUAACGUAAAUAUAUACUUAACCCCUCGUGCCCGCAAUUAAAUAGGCGUAUUAACGCAUAGUUUUAUGUAGGAUUAUUAAACGUCGCUUGUCGCAUACGAAGAUAGAGAAUACGAAAGGGCGGGAAGCGAGAUGGAAAACAGAGGAGAUCGGUGAUAAAAAAAAAAAAAGAGAGAGGGAGAGGAAGGAGGAAAAUGGAAAAGGAAGGGCGAACACGGAAUGAGAAAAGGAAAACGAGGAAACGGUGAGAAGAACGCGUCGCUUUUAUUAUACGAGUAUCGGUACUCGCGAAAUUCUUUGUCUUUCUCUUUGACUUUGUUUUCUGCUCUUGCCUUACGAAAACAACAAAAUGAAACGAAACGAAAUGAAAUGAAACGAAGCGAAGGAAAGAGAGGAAAACAGGACGCGCGCCGAUCGUGGAUGCGCGUAUCGGCCACGAUACCAGAGGAGAGAAUCGUCGAACGGACGACAUGUUCGAUGGAGGAAAAUGAGAUUUCCGAUAGCGUGUCGCACUCAAAACUACCACUUUAAAUCCGAUGUUAGCGUAGCGUACGUAUCGUAAGCUGUCGACAUUUAUACUAUGAACUAUGAGUAAUUGUAGCGAUCAUUGUGAACAUAGUUAAUAGUAUAGAUUAGUUAACCGCACUAAUUGUACCGAAAAGUGGAUUACAUUUAAUUCCGAAAAUAAUUAUCGAAGUCUACUUCAAUAACGCGUACUUACGUUGUACGCGAAUCAAGCCGAGUUAAACGAACGAAAGAGUGACUAACGGACAAAAGUGAAGAAGAAUGACAAUGUGAGAUAAAUGUGUGUGUGAGAAAGUACGUCUGAGAGCGUGUGUGUAAAUGAAAAAGUGGGAAAAGAAAAGAAUUGGCGAAGGGGAAAAGGAAGCAACGUGAAAUUCAACGAUGGAUAAGAAUCGAAUGUAUUCUCGAAGUGAAGGAAGAAAUAGAAAGAAUUAGACAAAUUGCGGGCGCAAAUGGCCGUGCAUGCAUGGACUGGUGCAUGUAUAUUCGAUCUGGCGUGUGUUUCUUCAAAAUGCGUCGCGAAAAUAAAACGAAUCUACGAAAUCGUGAUAGUCGACAUAACCUCUGAAACGGCGACUCGGCGCAAACCGAGUAACAAGCAUCUUUGAGUAUAUUUGCCUAUUUUCGGUAUUCGCGAUCGUUGUGCGGCCACCUACGUACGAUGAAAAUCACGUGCAAGUACACGUACACGUACACGUAUACCACGUAUGCGAUACGAUUUAAUUAUCAAAAAUAUGGUUGUUUUGAACCCACUGAUCAGCCUACACGAUAAUUUACCCUGAGAUCUCAAGAUAUCGGAUUGCAACGUCCUUUUUCAAAUAUUUGCCCCGCGAAACAGCGACCAUUGAAAUGCGAUCAAUUAUCCGUUAACUAAUUAGGUUAUUGAUUUGAUCUAGUUUCUAGAGUCUACUACUGGUAAUAGCUUCCUCGUACACGUGACCUACACACUAUACAUUCGUGCACGCGAACACGUGCCACGUUGGACUGUACCAUUCGAUGACGCGCACAAAAAUCGAGAUUCGAUCAACUUUCUUCUGUCAAGUCUAAUGGAAUUUUUCCUAAAACUCGAUCUUCGUUUCUCCGAUUAUUUUACGACGAAAUGUUAAAAUGUAUCGACGCCAUUUUCCUCGCACGAUACAUCUCAAAGAUCGUCGACUCAUCGAAUUCGGCGAUACGAUCAAAGCGAUAUCUCUAACCUCUGAUUUAUCGACUAACUCUCUUAAAGUUUGUUCUCUCGACGUGGAAAGAACAUCGUCGACGAAACUUCGACGUUCGUUUACAUUUGCUAGCGCAGCGUUGCUUUAUACCAGUGAGAAAAUCGUGCAGAUUUUUAUUCCUUUCGUGAAACGAAGACAAAUCUUUAUCUAGGAAGGACUUUCACUUUGGUGUAUAGCUCUUCCUUGGCGAUAACGCACGAUCUUGAGAUGUACGCGCGGGUGAGUGUGCGUGCGUGUAUGAGAAAUAAAAAGAAAGGAAGUUGCAUCGAAAAUACAAGUACAAAGUGCACAGGUAACGGGAAAAUUAAAGCUGCCGUCUUAGUCCACGAGCGAAACGACAUCACGAAGCUUUCUUUCGUAAUCUUUAUCGCCUUUUCUUUCUUUCUUCGAUCUCUUCGUUUACUACCUAGCAAUUCUCGCAACAAAUCACUGCUUGUUCGUCGGUUGCUCUAACUUCCGGAAUUCGACUUUCAAAUGCGAAGCUACGUUUUUAAUUCUAAUCGAAUGUCAAUAAGAAACAGUGUAAGCAGCCAAAUCGCUGUUUUGUAGAUCACAGGAAAGAAAAAACCGGCGUUAAGAAACGUAUCUUACGAUACUUACGAUAUAUAUAUAUAUAUAGUAUACUAUAUAUACGCUAUAUAUAUAUACUAUAUAUAUAGGAAAAGAACGCGUUAUCCUAAUAACAGCCGAUUCUGGCAACGCUACGCAUUUUGGAGACUUAUUAACGUGGUCAUAGAAAUUUGCAAGUUUCUGAUUCUUGUGCUGCACGGGGAAUAUACUACGAGACAUAUAAGCAUUUAUAAAAUACGCAAGAAAUGCGCAAAACGAAGAACUAACAGCCCUAUAAGAUGAAUAAAUCUGUAAUUUAAGAGCGAACGCGCGAACGAAGGAACAAAAGAAAGAAAAGAGAGGAAGAUGAGGUAAAUACGAAUGUAAGUGAGAGAAGAUCGUGCGCGUGGUAUGCAUAUGCGUAUGUAUGGGCGUGCGAGCAGCAGAGAGAAAGGAACUUCGCAAAAGAGAAACAUUAGAGUUCCGUCUUUGAGUGUUGAAGAAUGUUCAUUUGUAAUUGUUUAAAUCUAACGAGAAAUGUACUGUAAAACUAUAAGUACUAUAGGCACUAAAAAUAUAUCAUUUGUUGACAUGAAAAAAUAAAAAAAUGAUCCCAGUAA